AUGGGGAUAUCACGCCCAUCCCCAACGAAGUACAAAUAUUCGUCCGUCAAACUCGUUUCUCUCCCUCCUCCGCAAAUUAUGGUUUCGUCCUUGGCUCGCGUCUUCUCAAGAGGCUUUCACGUCUCCGCGCGGAGACGCGCCCUCGCCCAGUUCAACAUGCCAGCAAUGAGCCCGACCAUGACCGAGGGUGGAAUUGCGUCAUGGAAAAAGAAAGAGGGCGAGUCCUUCUCUGCAGGCGACGUCCUGCUCGAGAUUGAGACCGACAAGGCCACGAUUGACGUCGAGGCCCAGGACGACGGCAUACUGGCGAAAAUUAUCGCCAAUGAUGGCAGCAAGGGCGUGCCUGUUGGCUCCGUCAUUGCUAUCAUCGGAGAAGAGGGAGACGACCUCUCUGGCGCUGCUGAGCUGGCCCAGAAAGCUGCCUCAGAACUCGUCGCUCAGCCGAAGGAGGCGCCUAGGCAAGAGGAGGCUGCACCACCACCACCUCCGGAACCUUCGAAGCCUUCACCUAGUCAAGAAACCAAUGCCCAGCUCCCCACUGGCGACCGUAUCUUUGCCUCACCCAUCGCCAAGAAAAUUGCUCUUGAACACGGUAUUCCCCUGGCAAAGAUCACUGGUACUGGCCCAUCAGGUCGCAUCAUCCGCGCAGACGUUGAAAACUACAAGUCCCCAGCGACUGCUUCAUCUGCUCAGGCGACCGCUGCCCAACCACCAGCAGCCGAGCUUCCUCUCGAUUACGUCGACACUCCUGUAUCAAACAUGCGCCGUACCAUUGGUACGCGUCUUACGCAGUCAAAGCAAGAGAUUCCACACUACUAUCUCACGGUCGAUAUCAACAUGGACAAGGUUGUGAAGCUGCGCGAGGUGUUCAACAAGACGCUGUCCGAAAAGGAUCAAAAACUGAGCGUGAACGAUUUCAUUGUGAAAGCCGUGUCUUGUGCCCUUGUUGAUGUACCGGAGGCGAACUCUGCCUGGCUCGGCGAGGUCAUCCGAACAUACAAGAAGGCCGAUAUUUCUGUAGCAGUUGCCACACCCACUGGUCUCAUCACCCCCAUUAUCAAGGACGCUGGGUCGAAGGGAUUGGCCACCAUCUCUGCGGAGACAAAGGCACUUGCGAAGAAGGCAAGAGAUGGCAAAUUGCAACCCGCAGAGUACCAGGGCGGUACAUUCACCAUCUCCAACCUGGGCAUGUUUGGUAUCGAGCACUUCACCGCUAUCAUCAACCCUCCUCAAUCGUGUAUACUUGCCGUUGGCGCCACUGAGGCCAAGUUUGUCCCUGCACCUGAAGAAGAGCGUGGCUUCAAGAUUGUUCAAUCCAUGAAGGUAACCCUCAGCUCAGAUCACAGAACCGUGGAUGGUGCUGUAGGAGCCAAAUGGUUGACCGCCUUUAAGGGUUACCUCGAAAAUCCUUUGACGUUCAUGCUGUAA